AUGAGAUCAAUUACUGAGUAUUUACUGACUAAUGUUGAUUGUUGGCUGUUGGACAGUUGUACUGACCAGUGACUGGACAGUGUCUACUACCUACUAGUACGAUAUUACUUUAGUAUGUCGUAAUAAUAAUGUGAUCUCUACUCUCCAGUAUCUGCUCUUCUACCGUUAAUAUUACUACUCCUCUAGUUAUAUACGUAGACAUUCAAAAACUUGUUAGUCUUCAUAUAAUAUGGUGUUAAGCUGUGCUGUUCAAAACUGUGUGAACAAGUCAAUAAAAGGAAAUGGAAUUAUAUUUCAUCGACUUCCUUUGCAUGAUAAAGAAUUACUUGAGAAAUGGUUGAAAGCAUUAAAAAUAGAUGACUGGACCCCAACUAAGUAUUACAAUAUUUGUAGUGGUCAUUUUAAAGAAAAUGAUUACAAAAAGUCACCAUCUGGAGAUUUAUUAACAGAUUUGAAAUGUACUGCAAUUCCUUCAUUUUUAGCAGAUAAUUCACAUCCAAAACAUAAGACAUAUUCUUCUACUAAUAAAAGAAAAUCAUCAAACAUCAAGCAAUUGGGGAAAAAAAAAAAAAAUUUUUCUCAUACAAUUUGCAUAGAUGAUGACGAUGGAAUUUGCUUUGUUCCUAACUGUAAAACACCAAAAGGAUUACCACUGUAUAAUUUUCCAUUUGGCGAUAAACGUUUAUUGGAUUUAUGGGCAGAAAGAACUGGAUUAAGUACAAUGUAUGACACGGAAUUAUAUUUAACUAUAACUAUAUGUAAAAGCCAUUUUCAUGAAAAUUGUUUCCAUGAGAAUUCUAUUCAGUUAAAACCCUAUGCCAUUCCAUCCGUAAAUUUGAUUGAUUACUCAGGACCUCCAGAUAGUUGUUGUCUAAUCAAAUCUUUAUACUCAGAAGAAAAUUCAGCGAUGACUACCACUGGUGAUCGAACAUGGGGAUGGUUGGGUAGUACUGAAGCAUUUGGAAGACUUCCUGAACCCAAUGAGUUUAUAGUUAUCCCUAAAUCUGAAAUACACAGUGAAAAAUAUACAGGCUCAACUCAUGCUGCUCACUGUUUAAUAUAUGCAGAGAACAAUGAAAGAGUAUUUGAUAUUUACAAUCCUCGUGCUGCAAUUCUUAUGCAAUUAAGAUAUGAUGGUUAUUUUGGAUUUCCUGGUGGAUUAGUUGAUGCUGGCGAAGAUUUUGUAACUGCUGUUAACAGAGAAAUGGCAGAAGAAAUGAAUUUGGAUACCUCUAAACAUUUUGUCAAUUGUGAUGAUCAUGUAAUAUCUCAUUGGAGUGAGAAAAGAAAUCUAGCUCUACACUUUUACAAAUUAAAAGUUAAUAUAACUGAUUUGAUUGAAAUUGAAAGACAAGCUUUACUUGCAGAAGAUUAUGGAAACGAAGUGCUUGGUACAGUUAGGGUACCCUUAUAUACACUGGGCGAUCAUUACCGCGGAUUCCCAGUAUUUUUGAAGCAAAACUUCAUUGGUUGUUCUCGAGAUCAGCUUUUAGCUGCGCUAUCAUCA